AUGACGCGUAACGAGAAGAUCGGGCGAGUGUGCUUAAAUACCGUCAAAAUAUGCGCGGUCUUCCUGCUGCUAUAUUUCUUCAUUUGUUCUCUCGACCUGUUAUCAUCCGCCUUCAAGCUCAUUGCCGGCCAGUCAACAAGCGACCUGGUGGGCAACCCGCUUAUAAGUAACCCCAUCGUGGGGCUGAUGGUGGGCAUCCUGCUGACGGUGCUGGUGCAGUCCUCGUCUACCUCCACUUCCAUCGUCGUGUCCAUGGUGGCUGCUGGAAUUCUGUCGGUCCAUUACGCUAUACCCAUCAUCAUGGGUGCCAACAUAGGCACUUCUGUUACCAACACCCUCGUCUCCCUUACACAAGUCGGCGAAAGGGAACAGUUUCGGAAAGCCUUCGCUGGAGCCACGGUACACGACAUGUUCAAUUGGCUCUCUGUGCUUGUCCUGUUGCCUCUAGAGAUAAUGUUUGGAUUGCUGGAGAAGUUGACAGGCGCGAUCGUAACAGAUAUCAUGGGCACUGACGGAGGCGAUAUCAAACUCUUGAAAGCGAUUACAGAGCCUUUCACCGACCUCAUCGUCCAGAUCGACAGCGGUGUUUUCAACUGCUGGAGCUUGGGUGAAUGGCUGGAGAAAAAAUCUAUUUUGGUGCAAUUUUGUGAGUACUACGAUAACUACACCACCACUGCGACCACCCUUGAGCCCACCACAACUGUAAAUCUGCCAUCAACCACAUUGGAUCCCAACGCUACCGAAAUUCACUGUCCCGAGGACCCUAACCACAUCGGUAUCCCGGGUACUUGUCAUUAUUUGUUCUACGAAACAAAAAUGACGGACCAGCAAGUUGGAACUAUCGUACUGGUGAUGUCUUUGGUGAUGCUGUGUGGUGCCCUAAUCAUCAUUGUCAAGCUCCUCAACUCUAUGCUUAAAGGAAGCAUGGCUAUCGUCAUCAAGAAGACGCUGAACGCUGACAUCCCUUACGUACCGUGGAUCACAGGCUACAUCGCCAUCCUCAUCGGAGCUGUCAUGACCUUCAUCAUCCAGUCAUCAUCCAUAUUCACGUCCACACUCACUCCACUCAUCGGUAUCGGCAUCAUCACCGUGGAGCGCGCAUACCCUCUGUGUCUGGGCUCCAACCUGGGCACCACCACCACCCUCAGCCUAACAUCAUAUGAAUUCAAACCCAAUAACCUAAAAUAUAUUCAUGUUUUCCAGAUUGCAUUAGUUCAUUGCUUCUUCAACGUCUUCGGCAUCCUGAUCUACUACCCGAUUCCGUUCAUGCGGUUCCCGAUCCCGAUGUGCAAAAUUCUCGGCAACAUUACUGCGGAUUACCGCUGGUUCGCCAUCGUCUACAUUGUCUUCAUGUUCUUCCUAAUGCCCCUGACGGUCUUCGCGCUCUCCCUGGGUAAGAAAUUUUGCAAAAAAUUUCCAAUGAUAAGGAUCAGCAAAAUUGAAUUCACUGUUCAAAACCAACUAAUGUCACCAGGUGGGUCGGUUGUGCUAUGGAGCGUCCUGGGUCCCAUUCUCAUCUUGCUGGUGAUUGUCGCGAUCAUCAACCUCAUACAGAACAAGAAACCAAGCAUCCUCCCCAAGUUCCUACGAACCUGGGACUUCAUGCCUCUUCCUCUGAGGUCCCUAGAACCCUACGACAAAGUCGUCACGGGCUUCCCGUGCUGCAAGACAUGUCGAAUUGAUUACCAGGGGGAGGAUGAAAAGGAGUCAAGACAUUCUAGCGUGUCGGAAGAUGUAAGUCGGGUAGAAGAAGGCCGAAGAAAAAGUUCUUCGAGCUCGGAAGAAUCACAAGCUGUCUGAUGUGAUUUUUGUUUAUAAUUAAAGUUGAACGAUUAACAGUAUCAUGACGGUGGUUAGAUAAGGUAAAACUAAUAGCUCUUGAUUCUAUAAGAGUUAUAUUAUGUUAACGAAUUCAGCGAAUAUUCAACGUUGUAUUAAGUUUCUGGCAACAUUUUUCCGGUGAAAAUGUUUAUGAAAGUCAGAUAUUAGUAUAGUAUCGAGAUGUACAUAAAUAUGUAAAGUGAUAUUACUUUUAUUCAAAAACGCCGAUUCAACGGUUAAGCUUUUAUACAUAUUUUUAUAAUCUUCAAUGCUAUUCGUACCUAUGUUAAUGGUAAUGAGGGUUUCCAUAAGCAAAUAAAGGGUUAAUAAGAUGAAUAAUUAUGAAUGUGUGAUUAGCUCUCUGAUCAAGUGAUUUUGAAUUACUGUAAUUAUGCUAUUAAACGUAAUUAUCAAUUUCGUUACAAAUAACAAUAAAAAACUCUUUUUGAUCGGCUUUAACGAUAAAUUAGGAAGAUGAAUAAGCCAAAGUUACUUAUAUCAAUAUUUUAGUAAAUCACUGAUCAUGACGUGCUGAACCAAAUUUACUUCCCAAAAUUUGAGAUCAGAUUACAAGAAAAAUAUAUUAUUUAGAUAUUUAUGAAUUGAAAUUUCACAGAUUGUCUAUAAAAUUAUCUGAAUUUGCUCAUUCAGAAUUAUUCACGUACAAAUUCAUAGGAAAUUCUAACAUGGAGAGAAGCCUCAAUUUUAAGAGAUUUUACCGAAAUUUUAUUCGAGAAAUGAUUUUUAAUUUGGACGUGCAUCGAUGAUUCUUGUUUAGUAGCGUGAAUCACGUAAUUUUAAUUUUAAUGUACAGCUAUAUGUUAUCAAUAGAUAUAUCGUGAUUUCAUAAAUUUUGUCAUAUACAUAUUUGGUUUCCUUCUCAGCCAUAAUUAAUAUGAUCAAUACUGCAAUUAAUAAAUGACAGCAGCAAAGUGCAAAGUUUCGAUGAUGCGAAGUGUGUCUAGGUGAUGAUAAGGAGUGCAAAGUUUCGAUGAUACCAAGUGUGUCUAGGUGAUGAUACGGAGUGCAAAGUUUCGAUGAUACGAAGUGUGUCUUGGUGAUGAUAAG